CCCUUUGGCCUUAUAAAAAUCGCUUCGAGCGCGCUCCCUCCGCCUGAAUGCAAAGAAGCCCGCCGGCGGUCUUGCAGCUGCCCAAGUGCCUGAUUCCGGUACCUCGCCCCAUCCCCUCGGUGGCGUUGCCAUGAACAAAGGCUUCGCCCGGAAGAGCCACGUGUUCCUGCCAAAGUUUUUUAAGAAAAUGUCCUCCCAGCCCAAGGAGCGCCCUGAGAGUUUGCAGUUCCCCUUUCUGGAUGAUGAUGAAACGAUUACCACCAUUCUGGAAUCAAAAACUUUUUUUGUUCUCCGAGGUUUACCAGGCAGUGGAAAAUCUACCUUGGCGCAGGCCAUCCAAGACAAGUAUAAGAAUGCUUGCAAAAUCAUUUCAGUUGAUCACUAUAAAAUCCAGCCUGCUAUCAGGAGUGCCAUUCCUGAUGAUUACAACAAGGUGGAUGAGGAUCUAGCUGACUAUUGCAAGCGUGACAUCAGCGUGGUGGUGGUAGAUGACACCCACCACGAACGGGAGCGGUUAGAGCAGCUUUUUGACAUUGCAGACAAAUACCGCUACAAAGUCAUCAUUGUGGAGCCCAAAACCUCAUGGAAAAUGGAUUGCUUGCAGCUCAAGGAUAAGAAUCAAUGGAAACUUUCAGCUGAUGAGCUAAAGAAAUUGAAGCCCAGUUUAGAAAAGGAUUUCCUCCCCUUGUAUUAUGGAUGGUUUUUGAGCAAAAGGAACUCAGAGCACUUGAGGAAGACCGGGCAGGCAUUUUUGGAUGAGCUUGCUAAUAUUAAAGCCUUCAAAAAAGAGUCCAAUAAAUACUUUGGGCAGCCCCCUGAAGAACCCAAACUGAAAAUUGAUCUGACCAGCUACUUUGUGAAAAGGCCUCCAGGGGUUUUGCACUGCACAACUAAAUUCACUGACUUUGGGAAGGCUCCAGGAGCAGAUGACUAUGCACAGCAAGAUGUUGUGAAGACUUCUUAUGGAAAAUCAUUUUUCCUGACCAUAUCUGCUCUAUUCAUCACUCCAAGAACUGCUGGUGCCCGUGUGGAAUUGAGCGAGCAGCAAAUGCUUCUAUGGCCCGGAGAUGUGGAUGUGCUACAGCCAGCAGUCAGCCUCCCAAAAGGCAGCCGAGCCCACAUCACUCUGGGUUGUGCCAGUGGGAUAGAAGCUGUCCAAACUGGCCUUGACCUCCUUGAAUUUGCAAAACUGGAAAAGGCAGGGAACAAAGGCGAGGAGGUUGGGGAGAUUGGUGGUGGAAAACUUUUGUCCUUUGGGAAUGGAAUGUGGAUGCUUUCGCUUUCAAAAAAGAUUGAGGUGAGAGCUAUCUUUGGUGGCUACUAUGGAAAGGGAAAACUGGUGCCAACUCAAGGAGGUAGCAAAAGGGGAUCACCCUUUAAUUCCUGUAUCAUCAUCUAAGGGCUCUCGUGGUGUCUGCAGUCUUGUUUUCACAUGGAAUAAUAUGUAACCUUUUAUAAACUCUUCCCCAUCACAACACAAAUGAUAGCAUCCUACAACUAAAGCAAUUUCUUAAUUCUAGUGAUGUCCUUUUUAAAGAAAUAUUUCUUGACUUUCAGAGGCCUGGAUUCCUCAGAUGGAAAACAGCACUUUUUAUACCUUUAAAAUUAAUACAACUGAAUAUAUUCAAGCCUUUUGAGGUUUCCUUUUCUUAAUAUAGAGCCUUUACAAGUUUGCCAGAACUGGGUCUGUUCCUGUGCUGUAAAUCUACCUGGUCCUUUACAGCAACGUUACUGUUACAGGAGGAGAAGGGAGCUGAUUGUACCACUUCAGAGCAGAGGGAAAGCAUAAGGGGCAAAUAGAACCAACUUUUCUCAAUGAUUCUUCACAUAAAAAUUCCCUGAGAGUAGAAAAUGAAUACUAUAGAUAACUAUAAAGACAGAACUUUACACCAGUGGUCCUCAACCUUCCCAAUGCCGUGACCCCUUAAUACAGUUCCUCAUGUUGUGGUGACCCCCAACUAUAAAAUUGGUGUCUCGGUUCCCAAGACCAUCGGAAAUAUGUUUUCUGAUAGUCUUAGGCGACCCCUGUGAAAGGGUCGUUUGACCCCCAAAGGGGUCCCGUCCCACAGGUUGAGAACCACGGCUUUACACAGUUCUAUUUUCAGCAAAAGUAUUGGGAAGGGGAUAUUUGAAAGUGCGUGACCCCCCCUUUUGUAUCCGCACAUAAUCUUUUCAUUUGAAUUCAAAUUCAGGGUAGACUUAGAAAGUUUGGAUCAAUUAUACCUCUGACCGUAGUCUGAAAACACCAUAACAAAGUGAAUAUGAUGUUGCAAAAUAUUAGACUUAAAAUGUUCAGACUCACUUCCCAAGUUAACUACAGAGUAGCUAGUUGGAUUCAAGGAAUCUCAGUUGAGAUUCAGAAUCAAGGGUGGCCAUCUGUAAUCAAUCUCAGCUUGAUGUGAAGGGAAACAUGUUACCUUUCUGGUUUGCGGUUGAAUAGUCAAAGGAUUUGCUUCUAAAAUGAAGAAUAAGUCCUCAUUGUUUUGGUUGAGCAUAGUAAGAUCUUGCUAGUUAGUAUUCCUAAGCAAGUACCAGCUGUCUUUUCCCAGAUUUUUUUUUAAUGGGAAGUGUGAAGCCUCCCCCGCCUUGCAAUUUUAUGAGUUUUUGAAACAUAUGUCAAGCAUUAACAGAGGCCCAUGCUUUAAUGAAAAGAUCUUGUUAAUGUGCAACUCAUGGUUUCAUAAUGUCUUAGUCUUGUGCCAGUCUGUGAUGUUGCUAUUGUAUAGGUUAUAGCUCAUUGAAUGCUGGCACAUUAAAUACUGUUGCUGCAGCCCUUCCAGCAUUGUCUCUUGUACAGACCUUUAAGGGAUUUAUAUUUUUCUUAUCUAUCAUCUUAGUUCUGAAGCAUGGGUGUCUACUAACAGGAAUGUAAAACUAGAGAAUAGGAAUCUGCCUUGCAGUCUCUUAGUUUGUUGUCCUUCCUGUCUUAUAUUGUUUUAAAUGACAGGCAUUAGAUUUUCAGUAGAGAUUUUUAUAUGUUGUCUGAUUAAGAUAUCAAUAAAUUACAUUUCAACCAUUGCCCAUGAAAAUCAGGGACUAAGACUGCCCUGUACUUUCAGAUCAUUUUUUAAAAUAAGGAUAUUUGAACUGGUGCAUUAUCCAAGAGUAAAAUUAGUUAUAUUAGUUAUAUAGACUGGAUCUGAAUUUGCUGCAAUUGAAUCAAAUUAUAAGAGUUGCCCAAAGUAUUGUAUCUAAGAAAAAUAUUUGGUUAUAGAGGGAGACACAAGUAAGGAUGUAUCUAUGAUUUUAAUUGCAUUGGAUAAGUAAUCCAUCAGAGCUUCAAAUUUUAUGAAAACAGUGCAGUAAAAUAUGUAUCAAUGAACAAGUAUUUUAGACAAUAGGUGGUGUGUUCAAUGCUUUGAUAUACAGCUUUGUUUUCUGAAGAAUAUAUUCAUGGUGCCAUCAAAAUGCAUAUAAACUUAGAAGUAAAUCCUUCAAAGUUCAAAGAGGUAUAUUCUAAGGUAAAUAUACAAAUUCCCUAACACGUUAUUUAUAUAUACUGAUUCUAACUUCUAUCAACCUUAGCCAGCAUCACUGUUGCCCCUGCUGUCAGACUGUUGUGAAAGUUGAAGUUCAAAGCACCCAGUACUUAAAACUACGCAACAUUUCAAAGCAUACUUCAAGGAAGAAACUAACAUUUUAAAACUUACAAUUUAUGUGUUUUUUAUUUUAUAACAUAUUUAUAUGCAGUAUGGCAUGAGUUAAACUGCUAAAAAUAAGGAGAAGCCGAACAUGUUCUAAUUUCAGUUGAACCACAUCCUAUUGAGUGGCAUAUAUUUUGUGUACACAACUGAUUUAAGUUCCCCCAAGUAAGUCUAGUUAAACACAUAGCCAACUUACUUUCCUUUGAGUAGGAGCUGUAUAAACAGUAUGUUAGCAACCAAAGUGUUGUCUAGAUUAUAGCUAUCUUUCACACCAUCUAUUUGCAAAGCUGGGCAAUAGAUACCUGAACUAAUCCCCACUUUUGAGUUGGUUUAUUCGUAACAUUAUGGUUAGUCCUUCCCUUUAACACACAGAAUUUAAUCUCACUGAACAUGACCCUUGUUUUGAGAAAAAAUAUCCAAGGCCAGCUUUUGCAAAUCUGAUGCCCUUCAAUUAGGUUGAAUGACAGUGUUGUUCAUUCAUAAUCAAUUAUCUUCAUUGUGAAUGAUUUUAAGCCAGGUUAAUUUGGGACUAUAGGUA